UUCAAAAUUACACCUUAGAAUAGUAGCAUUUUUAAAUUGCUUCCUGUGAAGUAGAAGUCAUUAUAUAGUUAUAUAAACCUGCCAUUGACUCCCUAUGUGCUAAGCGGAAUAAUGGGACCCCCAAAUAUGUCUCUGUCCUAAUCCCUAAAACCUUUGUAACUUUGUAAAUGAAGGCUCUUGAGAUGGGGAGAUUAUUCUGGACAUGGAUAGGCCUGAAAUAAUCACAGCAGUCUUUACUUCAGAGAGACAAGAGGGUUCAGGUCUUGUGGAGAAGGCGAUUUGAUGGUAGAAACAGAGGAUGGAAUAAUGUAGUUUGCAGGUGAAGGAAGAGGCCGCUGGGAACUGAAAAACACAAGGAAAUCCCCGCAACUCUGGGUGCAGUAGUCAAUUUUUAAAGCACAAACUCUUUAAACUUCCAGUUUUACUUCCAGGUCCAGCACAGAACCAAAUGCAGGUGCCAUCUGGGUAUGGAUUACAUCAUCAAAACUAUCUUCCUCCCUCAGGACAUUACUCUCAAGGACCUGGGAAAAUGACCUCAUUGCCAUUGGAUAACCAGUGUGACGAUUACGACUCUGGCCUCUAUACAGUACCAACACAAAAUGUGGUGACUCCUAGCAUAGCAAACCAACCAGGAGCACAGCAGAUGUAUGGCAGGGUUCCUCCUGCCCCGCACAUUGUGGGAUCCACUGCAGGAUCUUUCCAAGGUGCUGCAUCAUCAACAUCCCUUUUGCAUACCAGUGCAUCCCAUCCCUACUCCUCUUUUGUGAAUCACUACACUAGUCCAAUGUACUCUGCCAAGUCUUCUGUUGCUUCUCAGGGAUUUCCCUCUACUUGUCAUUAUGCUAUGUCCACUGUUCCUUAUUCUGUGUAUCUUAGUGUUUCAUAUCCUUCUGUGCCUGCUGGUGAUCCAUAUGGGCAAAUGUUUACCUCACAGAAUGCUCCAACUGUCAGGCCAGUUAAAGAUAAUUCAUUGUCUGGCCAAAAUCCAGCUAUCAGCCAUCCAUCACUGCUUCCACCUCCACCUUCACAGCAGCACGAUCAGCAGCAAAGUCUUUCAGGAUAUAAUACUCCAUCAUGGGCAGCUCCAGGCCUUCCAUCAAGCAAAGACAAUCUCAUCCGAAACCACAUGGGAUCCCUGACUACAGCCCACAACAACCCAACAAAUGCUGAUUCUCUGUCCUGUCCGGUUAUGCCUCCCAAGUCUAGCUCAGUAGCAUGUACUGCUUUGUCAGGAGCCUCCUCAACAAAAAUGCCUCCUGUUGCAAAGCACCCAGUUGAGCCCAUGGCCUCAGUCACACAGCCAUCAGAGCUAUUACAGCAGAAAGGCAUGCAGUAUGGUGAAUAUGUUAAUAAUCAAGCUAGCUCUGCACCAACUCCCUUGUCAUCAACUUCCGAUGAUGAGGAAGAGGAGGAGGAGGAUGAGGAAGCAGGUGUUGACAGCUCUUCUACCACAAGCAGUGCUUCACCUUUGCCCAACAGUUACGAUGCCCUGGAAGGAGGCAGCUAUCCAGAUAUGCAUUCUUCAUCAGCAAGCAGUCCUGCUCCUGAUCCUGCCUCUGAACCUGAUCCUGCUCCAGCUCCAGCUCCUGCUACUGCUUCUCAGCCAUCAAAAAUGGCUAAGCCUUUUGGCUAUGGGUAUCCCACUCUUCAGCCUGGUUAUCAGAAUGCAGCAGCACCACUCAAUUCUGGAACACAUCCCAGUAGCCCGGCGUAUUCUGGAUUCCAGCAGUAUCCUCAACAAUACUCUGGUGUGAACCAGCUAUCUUCCAGUCUAGGAGGAUUGAGUCUUCAGAGUUCUCCCCAACCGGAAAGCCUGAGACCUGUCAACCUCACUCAGGAGAGGAAUAUUUUACCCAUGACUCCGGUUUGGGCUCCUGUACCUAACUUGAAUUUAGAACUCAAAAAGUUAAACUGUAGCCCAGAUUCGUUUCGAUGUACUUUGACAAAUAUUCCACAGACACAGGCUUUACUGAAUAAAGCUAAGCUUCCUUUAGGAUUGUUGUUACAUCCCUUUAGAGACCUAACGCAAUUACCAGUGAUAACAUCAAAUACCAUUGUGAGGUGCCGAUCUUGUCGAACAUAUAUCAACCCUUUCGUGUCCUUCAUUGAUCAGCGCAGAUGGAAGUGUAACUUGUGCUACAGAGUUAAUGAUGUUCCUGAAGAAUUUAUGUAUAACCCCCUUACACGAUCUUAUGGAGAGCCUCAUAAACGACCAGAAGUUCAGAAUUCAACUGUGGAGUUCAUUGCUUCCUCAGAUUACAUGCUUCGUCCUCCUCAACCUGCAGUUUACUUGUUUGUCUUAGAUGUGUCUCACAACGCAGUGGAAGCUGGAUAUUUGACAAUUUUGUGCCAGUCACUGUUAGAAAACUUAGACAAGCUUCCUGGAGAUUCACGAACAAGAAUAGGAUUCAUGACAUUUGAUAGUACUGUUCAUUUCUACAAUUUGCAAGAAGGAUUGUCCCAGCCUCAGAUGUUGAUUGUGUCUGAUAUAGAUGAUGUUUUUCUACCUACACCGGAUAGUUUACUUGUGAAUCUAUUUGAAAGUAAAGAGCUUAUAAAAGACUUACUGGAUGCCUUACCAAACAUGUUCACCAGUACAAGAGAGACGCACAGUGCCCUGGGUCCUGCGCUUCAGGCGGCGUUUAAGUUAAUGUCUCCAACAGGUGGCCGGGUGUCUGUAUUCCAGACACAGUUACCUUCCUUGGGUGCAGGACUUCUGCAGUCCAGAGAAGAUCCUAAUCAAAGAUCAAGUACAAAGGUAGUACAACACCUUGGACCUGCAACUGAUUUUUAUAAGAAACUUGCUUUAGAUUGCUCAGGACAGCAAACUGCAGUGGAUUUAUUCCUUUUAAGUUCACAGUAUUCUGAUCUUGCUUCUCUAGCUUGUAUGUCCAAGUAUUCUGCAGGGUGCAUUUAUUAUUAUCCAUCAUUCCACUGUACUCACAAUCCGUCACAAGCAGAAAAGCUACAAAAAGACCUAAAACGAUAUCUCACAAGAAAAAUUGGAUUUGAAGCAGUUAUGAGAAUAAGAUGUACUAAAGGUCUUUCAAUGCACACUUUUCAUGGAAACUUCUUUGUCCGUUCCACUGAUUUGUUGUCUCUUGCCAACAUUAAUCCUGAUGCUGGAUUUGCAGUGCAGUUGUCAAUUGAAGAAAGUUUGACAGAUACAUCCUUAGUGUGCUUUCAAACAGCCCUGUUAUAUACGUCAAGCAAAGGUGAGCGGAGAAUUAGAGUGCAUACACUUUGUUUGCCCGUGGUUAGCUCACUAGCAGAUGUAUAUGCAGGAGUGGAUAUGCAAGCUGCCAUCUGCCUUCUGGCAAACAUGGCGGUGGAUCGAUCAGUCUCCUCAAGUCUAUCAGAUGCGAGAGAUGCCUUGGUGAAUGCUGUGGUGGACUCGCUAUCCGCGUAUGGCUCCACGGUCUCAAACUUACAGCACUCUGCUUUGAUAGCGCCCAGCUCACUCAAGUUGUUCCCUCUCUAUAUUUUGGCCCUUCUCAAACAGAAAGCAUUUAGAACGGGCACAAGCACACGCCUGGAUGAUCGUGUAUAUGCCAUGUGUCAGAUAAAGUCUCAGCCACUUGUUCAUCUAAUGAAAAUGAUUCAUCCCAACUUAUACAGAAUAGACAGAUUGACAGAUGAGGGUGCGAUACAUGUUAAUGACAGGGUGGUACCUCAGCCACCCCUUCAAAAAUUGUCUGCAGAGAAGCUGACAAGAGAAGGUGCUUUCCUUAUGGACUGUGGCUCUGUUUUUUACAUUUGGAUUGGAAAAGGCUGUGACAACAACUUCAUAGAGGAUGUGCUUGGCUAUCCUAAUUUUGCAUCAAUACCACAGAAAAUGACACAUCUUCCAGAGCUAGACACACUUUCAUCAGAAAGAGCAAGAUCCUUUAUAACCUGGCUUAGAGACAGCAGACCAUUAAGCCCAGUUCUUCACGUGGUAAAAGAUGAGAGUCCUGCCAAAGCAGAAUUUUUUCAGCAUUUAAUUGAAGACCGGACAGAAGCUGCAUUCUCUUACUAUGAAUUUUUGCUUCAUGUUCAGCAGCAAAUUUGUAAAUGAAGUAGACUAAAAUUUAAUAAGAAGAAAAAGAUGCAUAACCUAGGUAAAGCAUAUUUCAGAGAAGCACAUAGGAUAUUUGAUGUGGAGGCAUUUGCUGUUAUAAGACACAAUGCACAGCACUCUAAAGUUUUGGGAGAAGGUAGAGGGAAAGAAAGAAAGUGACAGAU